UUUUGGAGUCGGGCCAGCAAACAAAGCUUCUGGCUCAAUCUUCUUCUCCGUGGCUCUCCGGCACCCUCAAACUCAAGAGCAGAAUCGCGACCCAAGGGGAAGCUUAAAUCCCAAACUCGUCCGAUUCCGCGAGUUAACCCGCGAUUCUCACUGCUUUCUUGUUGAUGACAAGAACAAUCACGUGACACUUCACUUUACAAGGUGCAAUAUCCUCUGCAAUUCGAUUCCACGGUUCCAGAAAUAAAGAAAAAAACACAUCGUUAUUAUGGCUUCUUACACCAAACCCGACGACGAUCAGGUUUUGGUAGAGCAAAAGUCGUCUACAAUGAUUAUCAUACUGAACAGGACAAGACAAUUGAAUGCCCUCUCUUUUUAUAUGGUAUCUCGGCUACUGGAAAUUUUUUUAGAAGAUGAGGGAAAUCCUGAUAUUAAGUUGGUUAUCAUGAAGGGAAAUGGCAGAGCAUUCUGUGCUGGUGGUGAUGUUUCAGCUGUUGUUCGUGAUGUGAAAGGAGGUGACUGGAGGUUGGGUGCAAAAUUUUUUGAGAAUGAAUUUAAAUUGAAUUACUUGAUGGCAACAUAUAGUAAGCCACAGGUUUCAAUUCUUAAUGGAAUUGUCAUGGGAGGUGGUGCUGGUGCUUCUAUACAUGGUAGAUUUCGUGUAGCUACUGAGAAAACAGUUUUUGCAAUGCCAGAAACAGAGUUGGGUCUAUUUCCUGAUGUAGGUUCCUCAUAUUUCUUGUCUAGACUGCCUGGAUUUUUCGGAGAAUAUGUUGGUCUCGUAGGAGCUAGGUUGGAUGGCGCAGAAAUGCUUACUUGUGGUCUUGCAACACAUUUUGUCCCUUCAUCAAAAUUGCCGUUACUGGAAGAAUCAUUGUACAAGGUAGAAAGCAAUGACGCAACUGAAGUGUCUGCAAUCAUUGAUAAGUACUCAGAGCAACCUUCCCUGAAAGAGGACAGUGUUUACCACAGGAUGGAUGCCAUCAAUAGGUGUUUCUCUAGAAAAACAGUUGAAGAAAUAUUAUAUUAUCUUGAGAUGGAAGCUAUGAAUAAUAAGGCUGAUAAUUGGGCUUCUGCCACUAUUCAAACCUUGAAGAAAGCUUCUCCAACAAGCCUGAAAGUAUUUCUUAAAUUGAUUAGAAAAGCCAGACUCCAAGGUGUUGGUCAAUGCCUUGUUACCGACUAUAGAGUUGUAUGUCAUGUUCUGCAAGGACGCUACAGCAAAGAUUUCUUUGAGGGUUGCAGAGCUAUACUAAUAGAUAAAGACAGAAAGCCAAAGUGGGAGCCUUCAAGAUUGGAGCUUGUAAGUGAUAGUGAUGUUGACGGUUACUUCUCGAAGCUUGACGACGAAGGAUGGAAGGAUUUGGAGCUUCCCGAGAGGCUCAACAAUUUGCCUCCAUAUGUUAUUUCAAAGCUUUAAGACGAUCCUGUCUCAUUACAAUGUUCAAUGGAUUCUUGAAUGUUUAUUUUGGCGAUUUAUAUGGAUUGGCAUGGUAUAAGUAUUAGGCUUGUAAAUGAUGUUUGAUUAAGAAUAAAUGAUGUAGGACGUCCAAAUUUGUGUAGUUUUAUCACUAUAUUUCUUCUCCAAAUAUAUUUGGUGUUAAAUUUGUUAUAGAUUGAAGAUAAAAUGUUUAGCUUAUAUUUAAA